AUGAAGCAUCCCCCGGAGGGUUUCACCCAUGUCGAAAUAUUGGCGGCCGGAGCCCGUAAAGGGGCAACCGCCGACGUUGGUGCCUGGAGCUGUGCCCUGAGACAUCCACUCCGCUACAUGGAUUUGACACCUAUAAAAGGAACUCGCCCUUCGGACGAGUUCCUCUUCCUUUUCCCCUUUGAAUUAUUCAAGGACGCCUCCUUGAAUAUUAUCACUGUUAAAGUGAAGCUAGAAGAAACCAUCUAUACCAAUGGUCUGCACGAUCAGCAGCCAGUCGAGCCGUACACGGACGAACCCAGUGACGAGCCGCCAGCUUAUACAGAUGCAAUCCCAGGAAGCUCAAGCCAGGUACAAGUUAGUCUCCCUGAUCUGUCAACUCCUGGCGCCUAUGUCAAUCCAUACCAAGAGGUUAUUGGAAGUCGUGUUGUCAAAACAUUUUCAGGACACGAAUCAUACCUUGUUUCUGUCCAUCCUGAAUACACGAACACGCCAAGUGCUCUAUACAAUGCCAUAUACGACCAAGCUUGUGUGGCUCCUACAGUUCUCAUCUCUGUCACGGGAACGCACACAGUCAAGCAGCGGGAUGGAAAAAAGGACUCCAGCUCCAAGGUUACAGACUUUGAUUUUCGAAUCGAGACUCGAGGAACUAUAUUGCCAUUGUCUUCAUACGACCUGACUCGACGUCCUUUAUUCGAUUUCUACCGCGAACUAAACGUCGUGCGAGACAAUGACGGACAGUCAGCUUAUCGUGGAGGACGGUUUAGGUGCAAAUCAAGCAAGAAGUAUAAACCCACUGGAGCUGGUGAUCUGGAGCAAGCAGUUAUGGAUGGAGAACAGACCGAGGCCGAGACAAGUCUCGAGAGUAUGCUACAGGAAUGGUGUACUCGAUAUUGCGAAGACAAGAGCGGAGUGAAAUCCACAGUUGAAGAGCUCAAUAUGGCUAUUAUCAAAAAUGAAAUCACCUCCAUCAUCCGCUCGACAAACUACCGUGGCACUAUCUCCGUUAACCAGGUAACAACCCACACGGCACUAACUAUCUAUUCACCACACUGGAUAAACAAGCUCCGAACCAACAGAUUCGUCUGGUGGGUAGUUGUCAUUCUUCAGCUUUGGAUAAUGACCUGGCCUAUCAUCGUCUUGCUUGAGAGACGCUAUGAGCCCGUUAAGGCCCAAUACUACGUCCGCCGGGAUUCAGAGUACAACCCUCCUUUCAAAGGAGAAGUUGAAUGGACAAAGCUGUUUGCUCGUGCUAUCAGUGCGGCAGCGCUAAAUAGAAGGAAGGAUGAAAUUGUUACCACAGCUGAUGUGCAGCGGGCUAAUGAUGCGGCUCUCAAUGGUCGACGGGAGGAAUCUGCAGCCGAAAGAGACAGGAGAGCAAGAUUGAACAGCGGAAAUGGAUCGUUUAUGGAUUCUGUUAUUGGCAUAGCUAGGGGCGUGUCUGAGCUGAGGAGUGAGUUUGAUCAUGCUAGAGUACAUCGUGUUUUUCGCAACUUGAAAAGCAAAUGCGCCUUUGAGCGAUGCCACACCUCCCUUCGCUGCCGUCUGUUGCGCCGUGUUCAAGAACAAGCAAGUAACAACUAUAAUAACGAUGAAACGAAAGAAAAACAAAAACAAACAAACGUCCCUUCUUCGCUCCGUGACAUGGUCAUGGCCGUGGUCAUCGUAAGUCCCAUCCUUGACACCACGAAAUGUGCAAAUUGCAGCGUUGGUGAUAAUACAUGCUUGAGAAGAGAAAAAAAAAAACAAGAAAAAAGAGAGACAAUACCAAAGGUAUUGAAUGCAGGCAGGCAGGCCCAGGAUGUCCUGUUUCUGUUCUCCCAAGGUGAUGAAUGGUCGAGUCAAUGGUCCUUUGCAAAAAAUUUCAAGGCAAUGCAAGACUCAGGAGUAGGAAGAACAAAAAAGGCAAGAUUGGAGUCAAAGAAACCUGGUAGUUGA